AGCCGGCUGACUCUCACCGAGUGGACUUUGGGAGGCCUCCGCCAGGCCUCCGUGCCCUCCACGCCGCCCUUUACCCCCCACCCCACAGCUCCCCAGGGACUGGGCCACCCUGGACCUUGCUACUUCCUGCUUCUGGCGGCCAGGGCUCAGACUAUGGAGCUGUGGAGGCAGCUGGGGCAGUCUGGGCUGCUCCCCCAAGAGCUGGGCCCACCCUCCUGGGCCCUGAGAGGGGUGCCCCGGGUGGACAGCCCGGGCCAGACCCUUAUGUCCCCUGCAGCAGAUCCUGGAGGUGCCAGGGAGAGUCUGUUGUCGAUCUGGGAGGAGCUGGAGAACAUGCGUCGGGUGGAUGUCCAACUGCUGGGCCAGCUGUGCAGCCUGGGGCUGGAGAUGGAGGCGCUACGGGAGGAACUGACGGCCAUCUUGGAAGAGGAGGAGGAGAGCAGCGAGGAAGAGAAGGAGAGCAGCGAGGAGGAGGAGGAGGAUGCAGCCCAGGGGAAGGAGGAAGGACACUGGGGGGCCUCCUGUCCAGACCCACGCCUGCCGGACUUUGAGAUGACAAUCUGAGGCUCAGACGGACACACGAAUGAGGUGCAAAUUCAUGCAGGGAAGAGGGCAGACGUGCAGGUCCCACCGGGAGUGGAAUUGGCGUGCCUUGCUGACGGUGUCCGGGGCCCUGGGGCGUCGGCAGACAACAGGAGCGUAUGUGUGCGGUGUGAGGGAGGGGUGCAGGUGUGUGCUAUGCUGCUGGGAGACGUGGGUCUCUGCAGACACGAUGGAGACACCUCACAUGAGGUUUGAGGUGGACGCUGUCCCGUGUGGCAGCCACCAACAGCGCGUGAGACGGGGGAGCGUGAACUGAGGGGUGCUGUGUGUAAAAUCCGCCGCGUCUCCAGGGCCAGGGUGAGGAAGGGCUGUAAGGCAUCUCGGGAGGUGCGUGGUAAAUGGUGAAGUUCUCAGGGCACUGGGAUAAAACCUGACAUUAACGUCACCUGUUUUUCACCGUGGCGUUCAUCACAUCCACACUGUCGCACAGCUGUCACCACCGCCCGCCUCCGGGACUCUCCCUCUUGCAAACCUGGAGCUCCGCUCCCAUCAAACAGGACCUCCCCGUGCCCACUCGGCUUCCUGUCUCUAUGCAACUGACCACGCUAGGCGCCUCACAGAAGUGCAGUCAUGUGUUUGUCAUUCUGUCCCGCCUGCGUCACUAGCAUGAGGUCAAAGUCCAUCCAUGCUGCAGUGCCGUGCCGUGUCAGAAUCUCCUCCCUUCUGAGGGCUGAGUCCCGGCCCACUGCACGUGUGUGUCACAUGUGGUGGGUCUGUCUCACCCGUGACGGCCUCAUGGGUCACCUCCGUCUUUCUGGGCUAUUGUGAGCGAUGCUGUUACGAACGUGGGUGGGCAAAUCUCUCUAAGUCCCCGCUUCCCAUUCUCUGGGUUGCAUCCCCAGAAGUGGACCUGCUGGGUCACGUGGUGUCUCUAGGUUUACUGUUUUAAGGACGGCCAUGGCCACGGCCUUUGCCACAGCGGCUGCUCCUUUUCACAUUCCCAACGGCACUGCACGAGGAUUCCAAUCUCUCUACAUGCUCGCCAACACAUAUUUUCUGGGGUUUUUAAUUUAAUAUUUUCACUGAGUUUUAAAUUUUUAAAAUUCAUUUUCAUUUAAAAAAAAAUAUUUAUUUGAAAGGUGGAGUUAGAGAGUGAGAGUGAGAGUGAGAGAGAGAGAGAGAUCUUCCAUCCACUGAUUCAGUCCCCAGAUGGCUGGAAUGGCUGGGCUGGACCAGGCCAAAGCCAGGAGCCAGGAGCCUCUUCUGGGUCUCCCACGUGGGUGCAGGGGCCCAAGCGCUUGGGCCAUCUUCUACUGCUUUCUCAGACCCAUUAGCAGGGAGCUGGAUCGGAAGUGGAGCAGCCAGGACUGUAUGGGAUGCUGGUACUGCAGGCAGUGGCUUUACCUGCUACACCACUGCACCAGUCCCUCAUUUUUAUUUUAAAAGCAGAGAGACAGAGAGAGAGACAGAGAGCGAGAUAGACAUCUUCCAUUUGCUGCUUCACUCCCAAAUGCCCCCCACAGCCAGGAGCCCAGAACUCAAUCCAGGUCCCCCAUUUGUGUGGCAGGGACCCAAGUGCGUGAGUCAUCAUCUACCUCCUCCCAGGAUGCAUACUGGCAGGGAGCUGGAUUUGAAGUGGAGGAGCCGGGACUCACGCCAGGAAGUCCGAUAUGGUGCACUGGCAACCCCAGUGGCACCUUACCCACUGCACCACACGCUCGCCUGAUUUUUGCCUUUUCAAUAUUCCCUAACAGAGUCACUGUGCUUUGGACGUGCAUUCCCCUUCCGAUGAGUGAUCGGAGCAGCUCUUCUUGGACUUGCUGUCCUGCUGGUUUGCAUUCUAAAAUAUGGCUUCCAGGGGCAGGCGGCUGGCCUAGUGGCUGGGAUGCAGCUGAGACACUUGAGUCCGUAUCGAAGAGCUUCGGCUCAAUGCCCACUUCUGGCUCCUGCCUCCAACUUUCCGCUGGGGCACACCCUGGGAGGCAGUGAGGGCCCAGGAUAGCUCUGUUUAUAAAGUAAAAUGUGGUUGCUGGAACACUUACAUUACAGGUAAAACUCCUAUCGUAUUUCCACUUCAAACGUUCACAUCAGAUGUUUGAAAACAGAAUGAGACCGGGAGCAGACACAGGUUUACAGAUAGGCUCCAGGACGUGCGGCAGCGAGUCACGGCGCCACCUACAGGAGACAGGUGGUGUCUACAGGUCUACCUGCAGAGAAGCAGCCCAGAGAGCAGGUGCGGCAGGCGUGGGGCCCAAGCGUGAGGACAGGCAUGUCUUCAGGAGAGGCGUUGGUCAUAGGACCACGACGUCCACACAUCUGUGUUGUCGCUAACCGCUCUCUCGCUGCGAGUGCAGAUGUUUUCAGAGAAGUGAGAGUGACA